ACUUCCUACGAACUUAAAAAAUGAAUGCUCGUGAUUUUAGUGCUUUUUAUAUAAAAUUAAACAAAUAAAAAUUAUAAAAAUGAGUGAGCAAAAUAAUACUACAGGAAAUGGCUUAAAUAAUUCACAACCCAAUGAGUUUAGCGUCGUUCUAACAAUAAUAAAAGUAGUGAUACUUGCUAUAUUUAUGCUACCUUUAGUUGAAUAUUCCAUAAGAGCAAAAACUAGUGUAAUAUCGACUGAAACUGACCAAAUUCAAAUCGAGACAAUAGAUGUAUCCAAGGAAAUUGAGAAGGUAACUGAUAGAAUUUUGACUGAAAACGUAGAGAUUACAAAAGAUGUUCAAGUAGAUAACAAACAAAAAGAUAAUAAAAAUAGCUGUAAUAAAAGCUACACAUUGGUGAUAUUUAAUGAAAUUUUAACGGAAUUAAUUGAGGAAAAUGAACUUUGUACACCAAAUGACUUUUACAACUCAAAUAAACACAAAAUUCCUAAAAGUGCCGUAAGAAAUUUUAGAAAAGAAACAUAUCAAGGGAAGACAGAAGCAAAAGUGCCAGCGAUUGUUAACUAUGCGGUUGGUAUAGUUCUAAUGGUAUCUCUAGGAGCAGCAGUAUUGGAGCUCUAUAAAGCCAAACGCCAACCAGCCAAAAAAGAUGGAAAGAACUCCCUUAGUCGAAAAUGCUCCUUAGCUGAUCUAACAGUAAUGAAACAUCACAGAAAAGAAAUGGUGAGAAGAGAAUCGAUUAUGGAAGUACCCGAGGAGCACAUUUACUCCAAACUGGGUAAAUUACCCACACCUUUGCACCGACAAUGCUCCUUUCCGGUAACUCCAAGCAAUAUUCCAGCUAUUUCUUCAAGCAAUCGUGGAUUUUCCACGGGAGGGCGCAGAUUUUCUAUGCAGGCUACCACAAAGUACGUUCCUGUCGUUGAUGGUCGACCAGCAGCUGUCCUCGAAGGAAGACGACAUUCCAUUGUAUCGGACGGCAGAAAUCCAAUGAUUAUGAUGGAGAGCAACAGAAGGAUCUCGUUCGAUACGAGGGGAAUGAUUAUUAACGCUGUCGACGAUGCUUCUGACAGAAGGUACCAUGGUCAUGGUAGACGUGUGCACAGACAUUAAGACUGAUUUGCAUGGUAAGACAAAGCCGUACUUAUCCUCUUAGAAACCAAAACAUAUUAAGAGAAGUUUUAAAAUAUUCACUCACCAUGGUGUUAAAGAACAUCAUAAGGGUUCAUAGCGCUGCUACAGAUUUAUAUUAACUUAAAAUUAGGAGAAUGUUAGUGGUUAAUAUGAAAAUAAAACAUAGACUGAAGUUAAACCAUAGUUAGAUAUAUUAGUGUAGUCACUGAAGGUAGUUAUGAGCUAUUACCUCCGAUUUCGUUGAAACUUCAUCGAUUUUCAUGAAAUUUGGUAAGUGGUUAGAAGAUACCGCAAGGAACAAAAGUGACAUGGUGCCAACUUGCGCUUUUACCCUGGGGAUGCCACCCCUUCUCGAGAGUGAUAAUUAUUUAAUUAAAAUAACCCCAUAAAUAAAUCAAAGGAUAAAUUCUAAGCAAAAUUUAAGCCUCAUUUAAAGUUAUUAAAACAAAGCAAUACUUUUUGAGAUGUUAAAGAUCAAAGAUUCUAAUUUGUCAUUCCGAAAUUAUAAGUUUUUACAAAAAAGGUGUUAUUACCAAAAUUGAAAAUAAUAAAAAAUCAAAUAAAUUCCUUACUUGGAAAAUCUUUUAGUGUUAAUUCAAAGUAAGUUAUCGAUAAUUAAAUGCAUAUUUUUUUCGGCGAAUUUACUGAAUAUUUGUCAAAUUACUCAAUAUUAUCUAUAAAAUGCGAAGAAGUUUAUAGCAUUACAAUUUAUGCUUCAGAAACUUUUUAAAAUGUAUGCUCCAAAAUUUUUUUUUAAAAAAUGUUAUUGGUUUUUUUUUUUUUGGAUAACUCCAUUAAUUUUUACGAGAUGUAUCAGGUUCAUCUAAAAACCAUUUGAAAUGUAAUUCUAAGGGCUAUAAAAUUGAAUUAAAUGAAUCUUUUAAAUCCUUUAUUUUUAAAGACAAGGGUUAAAGGGCCCAUUUACAUGGUUCUGGCAGUAAAAUUUGGCCUUUAAACGUUUAUAUCUCGGUUAUUUUUUAUCCCACAAAAGUAAGAUAUUUGCUAAAGAAAAAUCUAAAAUUUGGUUCUCUUUUAUUUUUUACGUAUAUCGAGUAUUUGGGGAGUUAUUAGAUAUAAUAUAUAAUAAAAAAGUGGAAAUUACGAGAAUUGGAAAAAUUCUAAUUUUUUUAAAUUCUAUUUAUUUUUUCAAAAAUAUGCAUUCUAAACUAGUCAAAAUUUUUGAAGUCAUUCUUCUUCUUUAUGUGCCUUGUCCGUUCCGAACGUUGGCAAUUAACAUGGCUAUUCUGACUUUGUUUACGGCAGAUCUGAAUAGUUCGGCAGAUGACAAUCCGAAACCCGAACCAGUACCGCAAGUUUUAAAGCUACGAGUGUCUCCUCCUCCCUGGACCCCUUCUGCUAUCUACACUCAGCGGCACAAAAUUCCGCCACCCAAAACUUUUGAUUAAGUUUGACAAUUUAUAACUUUAUUAUUUGUGCUCCGAAUUUUAAGAUUCUUACACCAGUUUGUAGGUAUAUGUAUUGACAUCGUUUGGUAUUAUUCCGGUAAAACAAAAAUUUUGCAUGCAUGGUAUUAUGCAGGGGUGAAUGGAAGCGUUGUAUUUUCUCCUAACUUUAAAAAAUUCUGCGGAAAAUGGAAGAGCCGAUUUUGUUCCAUAUCCUCCAGGAUAAUACAAAAUUUUUUAAAAAUAGGACAAAAUACAACGCUUCCAUUCACCCCCGUAUAAUGCCAUCUAAGCAAAAAAAUUUUGUGACCGGAUUAAUAUCAAACGACAUCAAUACAUGUACCUACAAACUGGUGUAAGAAUCUUGAAAAUCGGAGUACAAAUAAAAAAGUUAUAGAUUGUCAAACUUAAUAAAAAAUUUUGGGUGGCGGAAUUUUGUGCCAAUGAGUGUAUUUUCCCUGAAGUUAUUACUUAUUCUAAAAUAAAGAAAAUAUCUAUUAUUUUCUAUGGAAAUUAUCAUAAAUUUUAAUUUUUGUGAAAAUGGCGUACUUAUGUUUUAUUUUUCACUUUUUCCUUAAAAACUCGAAAGAGUUCUCUUCUUUUUAUCAUAACUUUUUUGCGUUUAAUGCUAUCAACUUUUUCUGGAGCUCAUUUGAUAAAUAUUCCUGAGUAUUUUGACAAGUAUUUAGUAAGUAUAUUUCACAAAAUUCAUCGUUUUCCUGUUAAGCUUGAGUAAUUAAAUUUUAGUACUACUCGCCGAAAAAAAUAUACAUUCAAUUACCUAUAACUCAUUUUGAUGUAAUAUUAACCCUGCUGUCCCGUUCGAGUCAACUACACGAAUGUACUGUUCGAGCCAAUAUGACCCAACUGUGGUUUACGCUCCUUAAUCGAAAUAAAAUAAGCUAAUGGUGAUAAAUAAAACUUUACUAACAAAAAAUUAUGGUUAAUUAAACAAAAAUUUUGUUGUUAAUGUAAAUUAAACUUUAUUAACAAACCUAAAAGGUAUUAUUUCUUUCAUUAACAAAAAAAGCCUAGUAACAAAUAUCUACAAAAAUUUAAUUCAGUUUACAGCUGGGACAGUAAUACAACGAAUCGGUUUUACAAAUACAGUUGAGUCCGCGAAUCUUUACCCGUGCGUCAUCAUUUAAAGCAUACGAAAUAAGUCGAUGAUAAGUCGGAAAUUGAAAUUUACUAAACGCAAUAGCAAGUGACAGUAAGUGACUUGCUGUUGCGUUUAGUAAAUUUCAAUUUCCGACUUAUCAUCGACUUAUUUCGUAUGCUUUAAAUGAUGACGCACGGGUAAAGAUUCGCGGACUCAACUGUAUGUUUAUGAUUACAACAUCAAAAUUAGUCAUGAUAUCGUUUUUAGAGCAAGUUUACAGCGUGGUCGUGGUCGUUUAGUAGGCGGAGUUAGAUUGUCCAUAAACGGUUCACUAGCAUUUCCGUCUUGUCUACUCGUUACGGGUCUAGGACGUUUCAUCGCCGCCAGUUCAUCGCCGCCAUUUCGAUGCCGCCAGUUCAUCGCCGGCCGAUUCAUCGCCAGUCAGUUAAUCGCUAUCUGAUAUAAUGCCUAUAUUUUCGACAGUUGCUUUUAUUAUUUAAUUUUAGUAUUAAUUAUGAUUUAGAUAUGACCAUUCCCGUUGACAGACUUACGCCCGGUUUCCGAAAGGAUGAUCAUCUCAAAAAUUAUGUAAUCGACGAUUAACAAUAGAUUAAAUGCGUCAGAAACGUCAAACAAACUAGUUUUAACAACAGUCGAUCACCUGACAAAAGAUUAAUCGUUAGUUAACAGCCGAUCAUGAGUGUUUUGAGUCUCCGAAAGGUCGAUUAAUCAGUUUCGCUUGUCAAACGGCGGUAAAAAUGGACUGUUACCUAAUCUGCGACUAUCCGUCGAUUAACGGGCUGUUAAAAGUUUUUUUUAGUUUUUUAAUUACUGUAAUUAACAAAUACCGGGAAAAAAUUGUCAAAUAACACAUAUAUAAAUGAUAUAAAUCAUAUUAUUCAAUAAAAAUAAGAUUUUUUGUGGAAGAAAUAAUUUAAAAUAUUUAUUUAACUUGCAGAACAUGGAUAUCUCGGACAUUUUUUAUAUUUGAUUAUAUAAUUUAUAUUUUUUUUUCUUUAAAAAAUGUAAGAUAACAAGGAUGCUAGACCUAUAGAGCUAUUUUUUGAGAGGCCAGAGCUCUAAAAAGCAGAACAUAAUGAUUAUAGCGAUGUAAAUAAGAGGGAAAACGUGUGAGAAAUUAUAGCAGCUAACUUUGAAGACAAUAAAACAGCCGGUAAAUAAAUUAAAAAUAAAUAUAAAAAGUAAAUAUAUAGACCAAAAAUAAAAAUACGAUUAUAAAAUAUUAUAGAUCAUAAAUAAACUGUUUUAUAUCUCCAACUCUCGUCACAUUACCUAGCCUCAUUUUUAAAAUGCUCUCGUUCAAUUCUUGCUCCAAACAAAAGUGACAGUACGUAAGAGAGAAUGCACCUUUAGAAUCUAAAGAUACAAGUUUGGAUUUAGAGGUUAAUAUAAUUGAAAUUUUGAAGGAUAACAGCCAAUUGUGACAGUAUCGCUACCAAAUUGUAUGUCAGAUCAUCGAUUACAUGAUCUAUGAUCAUGCAAUUUUACAAUAAUUGGCGUUUGAGAAACCCAUCACAGGUUAACAGUUGAUCAAAUCUGACAGCCGAUUAGAUGAUCGGAGAUUUGAAUAACGUUUCGGAAACCGGCUGUAAAUAUAAUAAUAUUUUUUAUCUUUUUAAUUGUCAUAACUUUUGAACUGAAUUUAACGUCGUGUCGUGUCAUCUCCCAUAACAUAAAAUCAAAUGACUAACUGGCGAUGAAAUGGACUGGCGAUGAACCGGCGGCGUCGAAACGGCGGCGAUGAACCGGCGGCGAUGAAACGUCCCAUUCCGCUCGUUACUGCUCGUGUCCUUUUUACCAGUUCUUAUGAGCCUUUAGUUAUUGGUAUAUUUUUUCUGGAAACGUUGACUGGUUUCAUCAGUCUUUUUCCCAAAUCCUCAAAAAAAAUUCGCCGUUUUGACAGUUUAUUGUUACGUCCAUAAAACGAACGCGUUGUAGGCAGAAAUAUCCAGCAGAUUAUAAAAAACAUUCAUUGGCUAGCGAUUUGUCUUCUUAAGCCGGACUCAAACGACUCGUGUACUUGGCGAAUAAUCGUCACUUGCGUAUACUGGCAAUGCUGUGUGAGUGGGUUACUAGUACAAUUAUUGUACUAUUUGUCAAACACUAAUAAUAAUAAUGUUAAUACUACUAUUAAUUGAUAAAGAAUUGUUCUAGUAACCCUCCCAAAAGACAUAGUAAGUAACGCAAGUAACGAUUAUUCGCCAAGUACACGAGUCGUUUGAGCCCGGCUUUACAUUUAUAUGUACCAACAAGCUAAUCUAGAGUAAUCUAAAGCUUGGAAUUGUAAUCUAAAAUAAUUUGUGGCUUUUUUCAUUUGAUGAAAGUGAUGCAUGAUGCAUUGAUUCAUGAUGCAGAGUACUCAUGAAAACAACAUUUUUAUUAUUUUGAGGAAUAUUGUCAACAGUGGUAUCUUGCGUGAAGCAAAAAGACGAACUAUGAACUUCUUUAUUCGCAAUUUUUGCUGGAAGCUCCGGUUUAUUUUUCUUAUAGUCCCCGACAUUUUACUUUUUUUUAGAGGACAUUGUCUUAAAUUUUAUGAUGUAAAAAAUUUAUCACAAGUAGUAUUGUGGCCUUUCAAAUCUACUAUUUAAGUCACACACCACACGCAUUCCCUGAUUUCGUUCUUGCUCGGCACCUGCUUUACUGUAUAGAUCUGUAAUUUUAGAGCAUCAGAAGUUUUACUGUUCAUAAGUACAUAAAGCCCAAAUUUUGUGCCAUAUUUCGCUGGCUUGCUUGGAAUGUACUUGAAGGGAUAGCGGCCUCUAAAGACAACUAGUUGCUCAUCGACGGUAACAUUUUGACCAGAGGUAAAAAAAUUUGGUACAUUUUCUAUCCAUUUUUCCCAAAUUUCACGUAUUGAAGUAAGUUUAUCAUAACGUCUCCUGUACUGUCUUAUUAGUUUUUUUAUCAAAGCGUAUUACUUGCGAACUUUUUGUAAAUACUUCAAGGGACGUUGUUGAUCGAAAUUUACUACGACCCGUUUCUUCAUUCCACGAACUUUCAGUUGAUUCACAAUGGGACUUAAAAAGUCGAGCUAAAAAUAAAAGACCAAUGUAUACUUGGAAACUAAUUUUAUCAAGUAUUUCCAGUUGGUUCCAAAAAUACGCUGUCAUUCGAUGUUGGUCAUAUCUAUAAUUUGGUUUGCAACUAUGUUUGCAACAUCGUCCAGCUAUACUACAAUUUGUUUAUAAGUUCUAGCUUGCAGAAACCUCUUUUUAUUUAUAGAUGUACCCGACUGACAAACACUGUUAGAAAAUAUAGAAUACUGCCAACUAAACAUGCAUACACAGGUAAUUUUUAACGGUUUAAAUACGCGAGUCAUAUUGACCCGAACGUAAACUAGGUAACAAUUUAAUUUUUAUCAAAAAAAUCAUAAAGUUGAUUGUUUAUUUCAUAAUAUUCUUGUUCUCAUGAUCAUUUUUCAGUGCGUCACAGUUUUUCGAUUUCUCUCUAAUGCAUUAAGUUAGAUGAGACGGAAAAAGCGGUAGCUCCGUGAUUAAACACAAAAAUAAUGCAGCAUUUCAAUGGUUAUAUACAUAAGAUGUCUAUUCCUAACCUACGUUUGAUUCGCUGAUAUUUAGAAUGCGCGUUUUUUCUAGCCAAUCAAAUACACGUAUUACGAACAUUUGACGAAAACUUUGUCCAUUUUGGCCAUUUUUUAGAAGUGUCAAAGAGUCAAGUGACGGUUCUUAUUCAGGUCAGUAUUUUGUGUACCUGUCAUUUUGAAAUUUCGAAUUCGACUUCCCUUGUGUUUCACAACGUUUUUGUGCAUUAUUUUGUGUUUUGGUUUAGAAUUUAGUUCGUUAAAAGUUAGUCAUUGGCGUGAGGAGACUAGAGACAUUCGAGAUGUACCGAAGAGUGCUAAAUAUCUCAUGAGUAGAUAGAAUAGCCAACGUGGAAGUAAUGAGACUUACGCAUAAGGAACGAGAAGAACUAACAAAUAAGAAUAAAACUGAGAUAUAUGGGACAUGUGAUGAGAGACGUAGGGGAAGUCGAGGCAAAGUGAACAAGUUAAGAUUUGUCAAAUAAUAUGACAUACGAAAAUAAUAAUUACGACUAUUUUUUGUUCAUACGAUAGCAGAACCAUUUGGCUACAUAAUCCAAUACCUAAAAACUAAAAAACAGUUUUAUGUAAUAUGCUGUAAACAUAUUUCCCAAAAGUCGCAAAAAGUUCACUUUGCCCCUCAGGCGGGGCAAAGUGAACUUUGGUAUUGGGGCAAAGUAAAACAUAUUAGAUCAAUUAAAUAUUUAAUCAGGAAAUACAAUUAAACAAACUUAAAACAUAAAAGGUUCUAUAUAAACUGGAUUGUUCCAUAUCUGACUCUUUUAGAGCGAAGCUUUCCCAUGAUUUGAGAUACAGUUAUUACCGAGAUAUCAUCUACCUCUGGAAAGACGAAGAUGUUCCAGUUUCCUCUAUACCGUCUCAGAAAUUUUACUUCAUACCCGUUUUUAAUGGACCUUUAACUUGGGCAACAAAUUCUUUUUUUAUUUUAUCCUUAGUUAGUUGAACUAUUAUAAAAUCUUUGGCAAACACAUCUUUCGUUGGAACUGCAGUAAGCUGGUUUGUUUGCAAAAUUUCAACAACUUCAUCACUGAAGGUUUCCGUGUCACUGGAAUCUUCGCACAAGUGGGCAUCAUCAACAUCAUGAUCUUCGGAGUCAGAAGAUUCUGGAACAGCAAUUUUUCGUUUUACUGCAACUUUUUUCUCAUAAUUCCUGUCAUUUGACAUAUUCUACAUGUUCCACUCAUUAAAACGCCCAUUUGGUGAUAAAUAGCCGUCUGAUUUUUGCAUGAGAGUUUAAUCUCUGUUCGAAGAGUUUAAGUCUGUUCUGUCGGACAAAAUAAAUGUGCCGUUUUCGUGGCGUGACCGUUCCAAAUUUUUAACCUGUUCCACAAUUAAAACUGCCCCUGUUCCAGUGUUCCCAUAUAUCAAAGUUUAUCCGACUAGACACCCUUAAGCUAUUAACAAAUUUUCAGCUUGCUAUUAAUCAACUUUUUUUUCAUACGCGGGAUCCAGACCUAUAAUAUAUCUAUAGUAGUUUUUUUAUCCGGUUUAAUUUUAGGCGAUACAAGAAUUAGUAAAUUAAUCUCGGAUAAAUUAAACCGAGACUAAAUAUAGUUUCUAACCUUCAACCUUCAAUAAACACAUUCUACAAAUCUAUCUACUACAAAACAAUAGUGGGGGCAAAGUGAACCUAGGAUCACUUUGCCCCUUGCGAAAAACUUCACUUUACCCCACACUGGUACUUUUUUGACAUUUGAUGUUAAUGUAAAACUGUCAUUACAUAUCAUCUUCGUUUUCUUGCAAAACUAUCUCUAAUUAGAUGCCUAACAUAAUAGAUUAACAAUGUUUGAAUGUAAUAAUAACUAGUUGAGUUAUACAUUAGAUUACACACUUACCAGAUUAGAAUUUUACCACCAUAAAAUAAAAAUUUCAUCCACAACUUAGCAGCUUUCGUCAAACGUGUUCUCGUCGUAAGCACAAUGUUACCAACUUAAAUAUAUUAAAUUUACGUUUGAAACUGUAUUACUGGCGCGAAUAAUUUAAAAUUUAAAAAGAUACUUUACUUUGCUCCAACGGUUCAGUUUGCCCCGACUUCCCCUAUAUCUAAUACUCCAGGUCAUUAUGCAAGAAAAAGAUCCAUAGUAAGAAGACGUAACUCAUGGCUGAAGAACCUUAGGAACUGGUUUGAAUGUAAUAACAAUGAAUUAUUUAGAGCUGCGGUUUCAGAAAUAAAGAUCUCUCUGAUGAUUGCCAACUUUUGAAGCGGAGACAGCACCUAGAGAAGAAAAUAAAAACAGUUUAUGGAUAGUUUUGUGUCAUUUUUUAAUGUUUCCAUAUUUAUAAAUUUAAUUAACAAUAUUGUUUACUUUUUAAUUUUAUUCCCCUUUAUAAAAAAUACCUACACGUUAACAUAUUGUGUAAAAAUCAAAUCUACUAAAUUACUAAUUAGUUUAAUUCCACAAGCUUUUCACCUAUGGCUAAGUACGAUUCUAGCAUCUGUCAGAUUCGUCAAUAAUUACAUGAAAUAAGUCUCGACACGCCCAAUACAGUAUAUGACGUCAUAAUUAAUGACGCACUGAAAAAUGAUCAUGAGAACAAGAUUAUGCAAUUGAAAGACCUCAUAUUAGGUAAUAGAGUCACGAAACAUCAAAUCGUUACGCCGCAUAAUAAUUUGAAAAUAAGAAAUAAUUUUUUUUGUGUCAAAUAGACCCGAACAGGAGAGCAGGGUUAAAUGGUUUUUCAAGUAAGAAAAUUAUUGUAUUUUUUAUUUAAUUUCUUUGUAAAACUUAUAGUUUUUGAGUUAUUUAUGAAAAACCGCUUUAAAGCAUGCAUUUUUUUCACGAAAAAUUAAAAUGUUUGCUCUUUAAUGAUUCAAAAAGUAUUGAUUUAUUUUAAUAACUUUAUAUAACAAAUUUUGCUAGAGUUUGUCCCUCCAUCUGAUUUAUGAGGUUAUUUUUAAUAAAAUAAUUUUCACCCUCGAGAAAGGGUGGCAUCCACCCACAGGGUGACAACCACUUACUAAUUUUCAUGAAAAUCGCUGGAGGUACAACAAAAUCGGAGAUGAAAACUUUUAAUGGCAGCACUAAAAUAUUCAGUAUACCGUGUAUCCUACGGUUUUCGAUAAGUACACAUUAUGAUACUAAAGUACGGCUUUGUAAAGAAUGUACGUUAAAACUGUUUAGAAGGUAUUAAAACUGUAUCCAAAAAUCUACAAAAUAUCUUAUACCUAUAAUUAAUGUUAGUGAAAAUGAUAAAAAAGAAUUUAUCUUUCGUAUAGACAAUCACUAACUUAAAUUCUAGUAAAUAUAUAUUUUGAUAAAAUUUUAAAAAAUUUUUCAAUAUUUUACCUUUUCUAAACUCACAUUUAUUAUUAUGGUAGGGGAGCCCAAGCGGAGAUUUUUGCAGUUACUCGAGCGCGUCAGAUUAUCAUAUGGGGAGAAAAUUGGUACCCUGCAGAUGUACCUAUACCAUAUAUUGGCUCUUAACACGGGGGGGUUCGUUAAGGGGGCCCGAAAAAAAAAUCUAUUUAAGGAUUUACAAAAUACCGUUUAUAUGAAUUGUUCUGUUUGGUAUCAAGCUGACAUAAGUAUAAGAUUUUCUAUCACUUUCAAAGGACUUUAUAUAAAAGGGUUGUGUUUUGUGAUUGAUCUGUUAUAAACUUGUUUUUCUAUUAUAAAAAGUUUAUUAAUUCCAGUGAAGUGGUUGAAAUGAGUUCAUUUAUUAUAUGCUCCAUCUCUUACUGAUGACUGAUGUUUAGGUGUCACAAAAACUGAUGUUAACAUUGAUACCUGUAACAGUGUAGAUAGUUUUAUUUAGAUUUAAAAAAUUUUAACACCAAUAUAUCAGAAAUAUUAAUUAAAAAAUUCUAUAAAAAUUUAUGUGUUACUGUUCUAAAAGUUUCUAUUUAUUCGAAAGUUGUACAAAUAAAAAAAAUUAUUCUUGAAAUUAAAAUUAUAAGACUUGAUGUGAUAGUAUAUCCUAUCAGCAUAUAUGUCAAAUUUGAUGUCUGUGCACAAAGUUGAAAAAAUUAUAAAAAAUAAAAUAGUUUUUAUAUUAUAUCUUCAUAACCUAGAAUUAUAUUUGUGUAAAGGGUUGAUUACUUACCUUGUCUAAAAAACUGUCUUUUGUGAUAUUGACUUUGUGAUUAACAUUUUCGAAUUUCACAUGCGACUACUGUAAUGAAUUUUCAAGAGGAAGGAUUGUGUAGAAAACAAAUACCUAGUUUAAUCCAAAUUUAUGUUAAUUUAAUUAAUUUACGUCAAAAAGAAGAAAAAAAAGACAAUAGUUAUGAUAAGUACUAGAUAAAGAUAAAGUUAAAACUAUGCAAGCUUUUUUUGUUAAGCGGGAAGUACCAAUCUGUAAAUAACUUUUUCUUUUUUCUCAACUAGUGUAUCUUAUAUAUUAUUUACAUAUUUUUUUCACAAUUAUUAGUGUGUCUAAUAUAUUAUACAAGAAUACAAAGUCCUUCUAAAGUACCUAACGAAUUUAGCGAAAUAAUAUUAGGAUAUUAAAAAAAAUAUUAUUCCGACCUAUUCUAGAAUCCAAAAAUUGAUAUGGAUAAGUUGCACAUGAAAUUGGAUAAAAUAUUUUCUUAAAAUCAGUUAUGUUUUAUCUUUUCGGAAAUCAAUAAUAAUUAUAAUAGACACAUUAUAUUAAAGAAUUCUUAUGAGGUAGGUAAGCCAAAGAAAAAUCAUUAGAAUAAAACGUCAAUGUUUUCUUACGUUUGUCCACGGCCUUCAACAAUGAUCAUCUGAAAAGUGUAGUGGCUGGUAUGAUUUAGGUAUAUAGAAUAUAGACACACGAGACUGAAGUAAGACAAAUUUAUACGAAGAGUUUUUAAGUAAAGAAAAUGAUCAAGAACACAAUGACACAAUAACCAGCAAAAUCAAAAAUACAUAUAUAACUAGGGUGCUACUAUAGUAUGCGGUCUACCGUCGAAUUUAUAAUCGCAUAAAAAAGAAGAAUUAUUAUUUUAAUUUUACAAAUAAUCCUUUGUUAUAUCUCUAUUUCCUACAUAUUUUAGUUGGGACUUAGACAAUUUUUGUGGCCUAUUCCCAAUUAAAAUAGUAACUUAAUACGACAAAGUAUUAGUUUGUAGAAUUAAAAUAAUAAUUCUUCUCAUUUAUGCGUUUUAUUCACUUUGUAAAGAUUUUCAUUAUAGUGUGCAAACCCUUCUGAGAAAAGAUUAAAAAGAUUAUGGUAUUGUUUAGCCAGUUCAGCAUUGCAGAACGUGAACCUUCGAGGCCACAUAACAAACCAACAAAUCAGGCAAAGAUCAAGAGUUCAAGACGGACGUCAAGGUAGAACACAAGACGGACGGUGGACAAGACGAAUCAUGGAAUGGAGGCCCAGAAACUAUACAGAAGCAGAGGACGACCUCCGCGACUAGAUGGGCCGACGAUAUAAAAAGACUAGCAGGAAACUGGGGACAAGCGGCCUAGUGUAGAGAAAACUGGAAAAAACUGAGGGAGGCCUAUGUCCAGCAGUCGACGCGAUUGGCUGAUUAAUGAUGAUGAUUGUUUAGCCACAUAGGUAUAGGUAUAGGAAUUUUAGUUGGAAAUAAGCCACAAAAAUUGGCUUAUUUUGAACAUUAUUAUUAUAGAUAGUGACAGCAAGACCAUAUACUAUCGUAGCACCUAGCUAGCAUUAUAGUAUGCUACUAAAUGUCACUACUUAUAAAAUAUCUAAUACUAAAAAGAAAUAAAAGAGUUGAAAAUAGAAGAAAGAUACAUUUUCUUCUACAAAAUGGAAAUGGAGGCAGUUUAUAUUCACACAAUGCUCUGUGAAAAAACUUUUCUACAUAAUUGUUAGAUAAUAAUGAUAAUUUUGUUUUAAAAUGACAAAAAUAUUAUUAAAUGAAGUCUGUAAUAGCAACACAUAACACAUAACUGAUUUUAUACUAAUUUAUGAAUGUUUAGAUGAUAAUAUACAAUUAUUGUUAAAGAUAUUUUCUAAUAUGUGUAAGCUAUACCUAUAAUUUAAUAUAUUUUGUUAAGCCUA